AUGAGAUUAAAACCCUUGCUGGCACCACUCAUCGCUGCAGUACAGGAUGGUCUCACCUGGAUUCCAGCCGAAACUUCAGCAUCCUUCCCUAAUCGUCAAGUUCUUUGGUGGUUUAGCCCAUUGAUAUCGAAAGCCUACAAGAAUUCGCUUGAGAUCGACAGUCUUUUUGAUUUGGACGAGGGAUUGCAAUCGGAUAACCUUCAAGCGUUGUGGGAGACUGAGUGGAAUAAAUCCGUAACAGACUACGAACUUCGUCAACGCUCUCAGUCUUCCGACAAGAACUUUUAUACUACUGAGAGCACUCCACUCAUUUCUGAAAUUGGCAAAACUUAUGGAACCAAUCAAAAAACCAUGUCUACUGACAGAGAUGAUGUUGCUCUUCCAUCUAUCAUUGGUGCUCUUUGGAGAAUGUUCAAGUGGGAAUUUAUUGGUGGAAGCGUUAUCAAACUGUUCUCGGACCUCAUUCAAUUUGCUAAUCCCGGUUUUCUCAGUUUACUCAUCACAUUCACUGAAAGUACGGAUGCACCUUUGUACGAAGGUCUUUUCUACUCAGCAGGACUUUUUGUUUCUGGUGUCUUGCGUUCUCUUUUCCUAAACAAUUAUUUCACAAUAAUGUUCCGCAUUGGAACGAAGAUUCAGAGCACUUUGACCACAGCCGUCUAUAACAAGACACUGAAGCUGUCAAACUCGUCCAGGAAACAGAAAACUCAUGGUGAAAUUGUGAAUCUAAUGGCUAUUGAUGUAGACCGCUUCCGAUUGAUCACUCCACAACUGCAACAAUACUGGAGUAGCCCCAUGCAGAUAAUCAUCUGUACGUUUCUUCUUUGGAAAACUGUUGGGUUUGCUGUGUUUGCUGGCUUUUUAAUUAUGAUCUCGUUAAUUCCUUUCAACAUUUGCAUGUCUUUGAUAUCAAAGAGAUGGACCGUACAACAAAUGCGUUUGAAGGAUGAACGUAUUAGAAUGACAAAUGAAGUUCUGUCUGGGAUAAAGGUAGUGAAAUUGUAUGCAUGGGAGCCGGCCUUGGAAGAUGUUAUAGAUCAAAUUCGCGUGAAAGAGAUGAGUCUUGUUCGCAAGGCUGGUGUCGUUAAAACUCUUGCCGAUAUGCUGAACAUUGCUGCGCCAUUUUUGGUAGCACUUGUCACGUUUACCACCUACACGCUAUCCUCACCCGAUAACAUUCUCACUCCUCAAAUUGCAUUUGUUUCGCUGACUCUUUUCAAUCAGCUAAGAGGUCCCUUAAUGAUGGCGGCCGACCUGAUCUCUCAAACUGUUCAGGUGGUCGUGUCAAACAAACGUCUUAAGGAAUUCCUAGUUGCUGAGGAACUCUCUGAGACUGUUGUUGACCGUGACGAGGAUGAUACGUAUUAUUCGGAUUCAGCCGAUGUGGCAUCAGCUGCUUUUGCAUGGGAUCGCAAUGAACCACCACAAUUGCACGACAUCUAUUUGAAUAUCCAUAAAGGUCAGCUGGUAGCUGUUGUCGGCACGGUUGGAGCUGGAAAAUCUAGUUUAUUAAUGGCGGUGCUUGGUGAAAUGGAGAAGCUUCGGGGUUAUGUUGGACUGCGCGGCACUGCAGCAUACGUGCCACAGCAACCAUGGGUUCGAAAUAGCACUCUAAGAGACAACAUUAUUAUGGAAAAAGAAUUCGAUAGUGUAGCCUACGGAGCUGUUCUUGAGGCUUGCGCUCUCAAUCAAGACUUGGCUCAGCUUCCGUGUGGAGACCUGACAGAAAUUGGAGAGAAGGGCGUGAACCUUUCUGGAGGUCAGAAAGCUCGAGUCGCUCUCGCCAGAGCAGUUUACCAGGAUCGCGACGUUUAUCUGCUGGAUGAUCCUUUAUCAGCUGUUGAUGCGCACGUGUCCAAGCACAUUUUCAACAACGUCAUUGGUCCACAAGGUCUGCUAGCAAAGAAGACAAGAAUUCUUGUCACUCAUGGUCUCUCCUAUCUCAGGGAUACUAACGUCGUAGUUGUCAUGAGAGGAGGUACAAUUGUUCAUACGGACACUUAUGACAACCUUCUCGGAGACAGUGAUGCGUCAGAGAUUCUGCAGGAGUCACAAAAAGAGGAGGAACUCUCUACAACAAAGAGUUCCGAAAUGUCAGAUGAAGAUGAAGGGGAACCUGUUAUGGAGGUCGACGAAAUGUUAUCAAUAGUAAGCAAGAUUAGUCGGUCUUCAAAAGGAUCGCGCAAGGGCAGAAAAAAGCAGCAAAAAACAAUCGAAGAUGAAAAAGCGGACUUAGGAAGGGUGAAAUUUUCCAUUUACAUGACCUACUUCAAAUCUAUGGGCAUUCUGCGUUAUUUUAUUCCGUUUGCUGUAACUUUAGUGCUCAAUUCUGUAUUUGUCAUGGGAAGGAACCUCUGGCUUACUGACUGGUCGAACGAUAACAUUCCUGGAGCAGAUGAAGCACUUGCAAAACCGUUGGGAUUACGGUUGGGAGUGUUUGCGCUUUUUGGGUUUUUGGAAGUCGCUGCCCUCUAUUUGUGUCUCACUUCGCUCAUCCUUGGAGGAGUAGCAGCAUCGUUAAGACUACACAAACCAUUGCUCCACAAUAUCCUUCGAAACCCUCUUUCUCAUUUCGAUGUUACUCCUUUAGGACGUAUUUUGAAUAGGCUUGGAAAGGAUAUGGAAACUGUUGAUCUCCGUCUUUCCUCUAACUUCCGGUUUCUCGCUGUCGCUUUCAUGAACGUUCUGCAGACGUGCAUCAUCAUCUCCAUUUCCACUCCUCUCUUUGUUGCGGUAAUCAUUCCCAUUUUCAUCAUUUAUCUACUAAUAUUGCGUUACUUUAUCCCGUGUUCACGUCAACUCCAACGAUUAGCUUCGUUGACUAGAUCUCCGAUAUAUUCCCACUUUGACGAAAGUAUCCAAGGCGCAACAACGAUUCGCGCUUUUGGUUGGGCCGAUAUGUUCAGAAGACAAAAUAAAGAGAAGCUUGAGACACAUGUGCGGUGCUCAUACUUUUCUCUUGUUUCGAACAGAUGGUUGUCAGUGCGGCUGGAAUUAUUGGGAAGCAUUGUGAUUCUAGCUACUUCUUUACUCGCAGUGAUGUCGCGCAACUGGGGAACUAUUACAGCAGGAGCGAUUGGAUUGUCCGUUUCUUACAGUCUUAACAUUACUUUUAUGCUCAAUCUAUUCGUGCGUCAAGUAAGCGAGGUGGAAACUAAUGUGGUAGCUGUGGAACGUAUAAAAGAAUAUACAGAAACUGCUGUUGAGGCUAAUUGGAGGCGGCAGCAGCGUCCGCCAGUUGGUUGGCCCAGCAAGGGUGAAAUCGACUUCAAAGACUACUCAACCCGCUAUCGACCUGGAUUGGAUUUGGUUCUGAAAGGAUUGACAGUUCACAUAUCACCCGGAGAGAAAGUGGGAGUGGUUGGACGGACUGGUGCAGGGAAAUCUUCGCUGACUCUAGCCUUGUUCCGAAUCAUUGAGCCUGCCGGUGGGACUAUUCUUCUUGAUGGUGUAGAUAUAAGCUCUGUAGGUUUGCAUGAUCUCAGAGAGCGACUAACCAUAAUACCACAGGAUCCAGUUCUUUUCUCGGGAACGCUUAGAUUCAAUUUGGACCCUACUUCGAACUAUACUGACUCUGAAAUCUGGUCGGCAAUCGAAAUGGCUAGCCUGAAAUCAUUUGUAAAAAGUCUUCCGUUUGGUCUUCAACAUCAAAUCGAUGAAUGUGGUGGAAAUAUCAGUGUUGGUCAACGGCAGUUAGUCUGCCUGACUCGAGCACUGUUGAGAAAAUCACGAGUCUUAGUGUUGGAUGAGGCUACUGCUGCAAUUGAUGGACAAACGGACGCUCUAAUACAAAGUACAAUACGGAAACAGUUCGAGGAUUCAACAGUAAUUACCAUUGCUCAUCGCUUGAACACGAUAAUGGAUUACGAUCGGGUUUUGGUAAUGGAAUCAGGUCGCGUUGAAGAGUUUGCAUCACCUCAACAACUACUAACGAACAAGAACUCCAUGUUUUAUUCAAUGGCUGCCAGUGCAGGCUUAACUUAA